AUGUUUAGUACAGGAAAAAGUAAAACUAUUGCUGGCAUUAUUCUUAAAAUAUUACCUAAAUUACGAUCCAAACAGAAAAUCUUAGUUUGUGCACCGUCGAACAAUGCAUGUGAUGAACUAAUGAGACGUAUAUUAGAUCAAUUUGUUGAACAAAAUAUAGACUAUGAUGCUGGUCAGUAUAGAAAAGACUGGAAGCAGAAAAAAGAGAGCUUGAAAAUGUUUUAUGAUUUAGGUUCUGUUAUUCGUGUUGCCUCUCAGCCUCCAGAUGACCAUCGUUUAUGUGAUCAUUUUUUUGAUUUCAUGGUUAUGUGUGAAGUUGUAGAUAUGAUAAAAAGUAGAGGAUAUGUGACUACUAAUGAAGUUAGAAAAGCUGAAAAUUAUAUUAUAAAACGUGCCAAAGUGAUUAUUUCAACGUUGAAUUAUUGUGCUAGCGCACGAUUACAUCAACUAAAUGGAAAAGUUGCAUUUGUUAUCAUUGAUGAAGCAACACAAAGUUUAGAAGCUGAUUCAUUAUUACCAUUUCGAUUUGGUUGUGCAAAAAUUUUACUGGUUGGCGAUCCGUUACAAUUACCACCAACAGUUUUGUCAGAUGCUGGCAAAGAAUAUAACUUGUCACAAUCAUUAUACACACGAUUAUAUGAACGAUUUUUUUCAACUGAACCAAUUAAUAAACUACCCAUCACAAUGUUAGAAACACAAUAUCGAAUGUAUGAAGAUAUUUGUCGAUUUCCAAGUCAAUUAUUCUAUAAUAAUCGUUUGUUGACGGAUCCUAGCAUUCAACAAAAUUAUGAACAUUUUCCACUAAAGCCACUCUAUUAUUAUAAUAUAACUUUGAGUAAACACACUUACGAUGAUGCCUCAUCGGCAUUUAAUUUAACUGAAGAAGAUAUUAUUCGUCAUUUUUCUACACAGUUAGUGUCUUAUUUUUAUUCCUUACGUACUCAGGAUGAUGAACAAGACAAUGUUGUCACUGAAUUAGAUUAUGAACUAAUUAGCAACGUUUCAACAUCUUCAAAUUCGUUAGAUGAUAUUCUGCAACCACCCACAAUAGAUGGCUCAAAUCCAAUUGUUAUUGAUAUUUGUAAACGAAUAGCUGUCAUAACACCUUAUCGGGCUCAAGUGAGACGUUUGAAAGAAUGUUUAUCUCCAUAUAUUGAAGUUGGAACAGUAGAUGGGUUUCAAGGAAAGGAAAAGGAUAUUGUAUUGAUAUCGUGCGUUCGAAGUAAUAUGGCUCAAAAUGCAAUAGGAUUUCUAAAUGAUAUGAAACGUUUAAAUGUAAUGCUAACUAGAAGUAAAUAUGCUCUUUACAUAUUUGGAAAUUUUACACAAUUUAGUCAGCUACAUGAAGGCUGGAAACAGUUAGUUGAUGAUGCUAAACACCGAAAUAUUAUUGAAGACAUACAAGCUUUUCUUCCAACAUUACCAUUAAAAUAA